AUCAAAGAUAAUGUACCUUACCUUUAUUCCAAGUGUAAUCUCUUUUCUGAUUUCCCUCUUGCAUGAAUUGUCAAAUACAUGGGUAGGAAAAUUCAGUUUCAGUCCUCUGGAAAACAUGGCAUCCUUGUGUACAUUUCCACGUAUUUCUUCCACAGAACCCAUCAAGCAAACGCCCGCCGCCGCCCCUUUUCCGCCCUCCAAUCAGCCGAUGAGACCCUCGGCGUUGUCCCUCCGCCAAAGCAGCAGCAAGCACCGGAGAAUUUCUACAGUGGUCGCCGCCAUUGGAGAUGUCUCCGCCGAUGGCACCACCUACUUGAUCGCCGGCGCUGUAGCUGUGGCUCUUGUCGGAACCGCCUUCCCUAUCCUCUUCUCUCGCAAAGACCUUUGGAUCUUCAUCUUCGCAGGGAAAGGAGAAAUUUAUCGAACGGUUGCAAAGAUUUUGGGAACACUCUGUUCUCGCAAACAAAAGAAAGACAACGAAGUUGCUCGAAUUUCUUCACUCUGUGGAGCUUCCAACUGCCCCCAACUGUUUUCCGAUUCCAAUAUUCCAGGAAAGAAAAGGAAAAUGAGGGAUUAUUGUAUAGCUUUCAAUUCCUCAAACCACAAAUUUCUCAAAUCUUUGUUCCCUUUCUUCCUCUGUACUUUGUUUUCUGUCUUUCAGAAUCUCAUACUCUGUUCCUCACAAAACCCAGCCCUUCUUCUUCCCCUCAAAACCCAAGUUAUUCCGCCGGAAUCCAUCCGGCGAUCUCCUGACAAGCUUCCUUUCCGGCAUAACGUCAGCCUCACUGUCUCUCUGACGGUCGGAACGCCGCCGCAGAAUGUUACAAUGGUCAUUGACACCGGCAGUGAACUCUCAUGGCUCCACUGCAACAGAUCACAAAAUUCUUCUUCUUCUUCAUCUUCGACAUUCAACCCGGCCGGGUCCUCCUCGUACACUCCGAUUCCUUGUUCCUCGUCCACCUGCACCGACCGAACUCGGGAUUUUCCAAUUCCGGCAUCUUGUGAUUCCAAUCAUCUCUGUCAUGCCACUCUGUCUUACGCUGAUGCCUCUUCUUCAGAAGGAACUCUCGCCACCGAUACUUUUUACAUCGGCAAUUCCGGGAUUUCCAAUGUUGUCUUCGGUUGUAUGGAUUCAAUUUUCAGCUCCAACAAUGAAGAAGACUCCAAGAACACCGGAUUAAUGGGUAUGAAUCGUGGAUCUCUCUCUUUUGUAUCUCAAAUGGGUUUCCCCAAAUUUUCCUAUUGCAUAUCGGAAUAUGAUUUUUCCGGUUUGUUAUUACUCGGAGAUGCUAAUUUUUCAUGGUUGGCUCCGUUGAAUUACACUCCACUCAUCGAAAUGUCGACCCCAUUACCGUAUUUCGAUCGGGUUGCUUACACGGUUCAGCUUGAAGGGAUCAAAGUUUCCCACAAGUUACUUCCGAUACCGGAGUCCGUUUUCGAACCGGACCACACCGGAGCGGGUCAAACCAUGGUUGACUCGGGCACUCAGUUCACGUUCCUUCUCGGACCAGCUUACACCGCGCUCCGAGACGAGUUCCUGAACCGAACCGCCGGUUCGUUUCGGGUUUUCGAGGAUUCGAAUUUCGUUUUUCAAGGGGCAAUGGAUCUUUGUUACCGGGUUCCAAUGAAUCAAACCCGGCUCCCGCCACUGCCAUCGGUGACGCUAGUGUUUCGCGGCGCCGAAAUGACGGUUACCGGCGACCGGAUUCUGUACCGGGUGCCCGGAGAAAUAAGAGGAAACGAUUCGAUUCACUGUUUUACAUUCGGAAAUUCGGAUCUCCUCGGCGUGGAAGCGUUUGUAAUUGGGCAUCUUCAUCAACAAAACGUGUGGAUGGAAUUCGAUCUGAAAAAAUCCCGGAUCGGGUUGGCGGAGAUUCGGUGCGAUUUAGCGGGUCAGAAGUUGGGUAUGGGCCUCCCUUAUAAAAAUCUUUCAUUUCAUGUCCUCUUCAUCCAACUGAAAAUAUCAGAUCUUCAAUUAAAAAAAAUGGCUUUUGAUUCUCUGAAAGCCACCUUUUGCUUUGCCUUCUCUGUUAGUCUUCUCUGUUUGCUUCCAAGCACGGCCAAUGCAGGAAUUACCAGACACUACAAGUUUCAUGUUCAAUUGCAGAAUGUAACAAGGCUCUGCCAAACAAAGACUGUCGUGACCGUUAACGGGCAGUUUCCCGGUCCUAGAAUCAUUGCUAGAGAAGGCGAUCGUCUCUUAAUCAAAGUCGUCAAUCGUGUCCAAAAUAAUAUAUCCCUACAUUGGCAUGGAGUGCGACAGAUGCGGAGUGGGUGGGCGGACGGGCCAGCGUACGUGACACAAUGCCCAAUCCAAACAGGGCAGAGCUAUGUGUAUAACUUCACAGUAAAUGGGCAAAGAGGGACAUUGUUCUGGCAUGCUCAUAUCUCAUGGCUAAGGUCCACUGUGUAUGGCCCAAUCAUCAUUCUCCCAAGAACCCAUCAGCCUUACCCUUUCCCUCGGCCUCUUAAAGAAGUCCCCAUCAUUUUUGGGGAGUGGUGGAAGGCUGAUACAGAGGCUGUCAUCAACCAAGCCAUGCAAACCGGUGGUGCUCCAAAUAUUUCUGAUGCUUUCACCUUCAAUGGCCUCCCUGGCCCCUCCUAUAACUGCUCUGCUCAAGAUACCUUCAAGCUCAAGGUAAAGCCAGGCAAAUCCUAUUUACUCCGAUUGAUCAAUGCAGCACUCAACGACGAGCUCUUCUUCAGCAUUGCCGAUCACACACUCACCGUCGUCGAAGCCGAUGCUGUUUACGUCAAGCCCUUCAAAACCAAUGUCGUUCUUAUCACUCCAGGACAGACCAUGAACGUUCUUCUCCACACCAAAUCCAACGCUCCCAAUGCCACAUUCCUCAUCGCCGCUCGGCCAUACGCCACCGCGCCGGCCGCCUUCGACAACACGACUGUCACUGGUCUGCUUGAGUACGAAUCCACAAAAUCUCUGUUAAAGAAGAACAUUAAGCUCCCUCUUCAUAAACCGGUUCUUCCCCGGUUCAAUGACACCAGUUUUUCCAUCAAGUUUAACGGGAAGAUUCGGAGCUUGGCGAAUUCGCAAUUCCCAGCGAAAGUGCCGACGAGGGUUGAUCGGAGAUUCUUUUUCACGGUGGGAUUGGGGUUGUUGCCGUGCCGGAGGAACCGGUCCUGUCAAGGCCCAAAUAACACCAGACUAUCGGCGUCGAUCAAUAAUGUGACAUUCGUGCAGCCAAACACGGCUCUUCUACAAGCCCAUUUUUUUAACAAAUCUAACGGUGUUUACACCACUGAUUUUCCGGCCAAUCCGCCGUUCAAAUUCAAUUACACAGGCUCGCCGCCGAAGAACUCGAUGGUGAGUAGCGGAACGAAGGUGGUGGUGCUACCGUACAACGCCGCCGUGGAACUGGUAAUGCAGGACACGAGUAUCGUGACGGCGGAGAGCCACCCGCUCCAUCUACACGGCUUCAAUUUCUUCGUGGUGGGUCAAGGCAUCGGAAAUUUCGACCCGAACAAAGACCCGGCCAAGUUCAACCUCGCCGACCCGGCGGAGAGGAACACUGUCGGAGUCCCAUCCGGCGGCUGGGUGGCAAUCCGGUUCGUCGCUGAUAACCCGGGGGCAUGGUUCAUGCACUGCCACUUGGAAGUUCAUACCAGCUGGGGUUUGAAAAUGGCCUGGAUCGUACAGGACGGAAAACGGCCCAACCAGAAGCUCCCGCCGCCACCUUCCGAUCUGCCUAAAUGCUAAAUGUUCGUUUUCAUCGUUAGCUUUGAAGUUCAUCCCUUUGAAUUGAAAGUAGAAGCUUAUUGUUAAUUUGAUUCAUCCACUCAAUGAGUAAUGAUAAUUUGAAAUUAACAAUUU